AUGGUAACUAGAAAGUUUAAACUGGGCGAGCAGGAGCCUGCGAGUGAGUUUUCAAAGGACAAGUUGGAUAAAGAUGAGGUAGAGCUAUUAAAUGUGAAGUUUUCCAAAUAUGAAAAGAUUAUGUCAGAGUCAAGUCUCUUCGCUGAAACGGUCAAGAUGCUAAAAGACCACUCAAUAACGCACAUACGAUGUCUAGCAUUGGGUUCUCCAUCUGACAGUAAUGCAGCAUUAUAUCAACUAGCAUAUUUGACUCAAAUAUGUGGUCAACUUUCUAUCAAACCGUCAAAUGUUUCGUUAUAUGAUCCUGUUUUCAAUGAACUUGACAAACGGUUUCUAACAACUGUAAAGUUGUUUAAAAUAUCAGACGAGGACGACUUAAUUGGUACUAAAACGUUAUAUUUCCUUCCUCAUGCAUCUUUGGAACUUACCGAGCAAGUGCUUAAGGAAUCCCAGCCUUUAUUUUUAUUAGGUAACGAUAUCAUAUCACACACUGAUAGAUUAACAAAAAGGAAGAUACACGAUACAUAUAGAAAUAUAUCAUUGUUAAUAAGAGUACUUGAAAGUGUCAAAGCCUUACCGAAAGAGAGGGAUGGUUUUAUAUCGGUAACGGCGAAGAAAAGAAAAAGCAGAAACAAGAAGCCGGUCUUUAAGGAACCCGAAAUCGAAUACAACUAUGAUGAUUGUUACUUCAAUGCUGCUGAACUUACAAGGAUAGAAAGUGUCCAAGGAGUUUGGGGUAGUUCGUUUUCGGAUAUUGCAUUUCACCAUAUUAUACGGAAUACUACUAUAGCAGAAAAUCAGGAAUAA